UGGUCCUGUCCAUGAGGAGUGAGGAGCGGGUGACUGAGACCAUACUGUUUCAUAGAAUUAAUGGAGAACAGAAAUGACAUCCCAAACCAAGAAAAUCUUUGGCAUAUGAAGCCUAAAAACCUACAAGAUGAUGACUCUUUGACUAAAGAUGUGGAUGAGACCAGCAUGCUGAAAAGACCUGUGCUUUUAUCUUUGCGACAAGCUGCCCAUGUUAACGAAUUUGAUUGUCACUUGGAACUUCAGCACAGACAGGAGCUCUGUGUGUGGCACUUGCCAAUUAAAAUAGCUGCUGUUGUGGUAUUGCUGACUUUCCUUUACACUCUCUUGUGGGAAAUAAUUCACCCUUUAGUAACUUCUCAUCAGCAGUGUUUUUAUAAAAUUCCAAUCCUGGUCAUCAGCAAAGUCUUGCCAGUGGUUUCCAUCACUCUCUUGGCCUUGGUUUACUUGCCAGGUGUGAGCGCAGCAGUUGUGCGGCUUCAUAAUGGAACCAAAUAUAAGAAAUUUUCACCUUGGUUAGAUAAGUGGAUGUUAACAAGAAAGCAAUUUGGGCUUCUCAGUUUCUUUUUUGCUGUACUGCAUGCAAUUUAUAGUCUAUCUUAUCCAAUAUCCUACAGAUACAAGUUUCUAAACUGGGCACACCAACAGGUCCAACAAAAUAAAGAUGUUUGGAUUGAGCAUAAUAUUUGGAGAAUGGAGAUGUAUGUGUCUCUAGGAAUUGUGGGACUUGCAGUACUGGCUCUCUUGGCUGUUACGUCAGUUGCAUCUCUCAGUGACUCUUUGACAUGGAGAGAAUUUUACUGUAUUCAGAGCAGCCUUGGAAUUGUUUCGCUCCCACUGGGCACAAUGCAUGCAUUGAUUUUUGCCUGGAAUAAAUGGAUAGGUGCAAAGCAAUUUGUGUGGUUUACACCUCCAACUGUUAUGAUAGCUGUUUUCCUUCCAAUCAUUGUCCUUGUAUGGAAAACUAUUCUGUUCCUGCCAUGCUUGAGGAAGAAGAUACUGAAGAUUAGUUGUGCUUGGGAAGAUGUCACCAAAACUAACAAAACUGAGAUGUCCUCCCACUUACAGUAUUGCUAUACUGCCUGUUCAAAUUACUGCUCUGUCAUUUACAACUUGAGCAAAUGA